UAGGAGUAGGGAUUUCCGGAGAGAUGUCUUGUGGUCACUUUGCCAACACUUUUGAAACACGAAGUGCCUUAAGGCUCCUGGAUUUUCCCAGCUCAGAGUCCCUAUAUAAAAGAAGCGAAAAGCCCUCAGACUGCUUCAGAAACCUCAGACGCCUCCGACUAUCAGUUGAGAAAUGACGAUGAAAGCUACUUUGUUAUGUAAGUUCUUACUAUUGGACCUAUUAGUAAAUUUUUCAAUUGGAAAUGCUAAGCCGUAUAUGGAACCACAAUCGAUUCCGUCUAUCCGUUUCUUAAAUUGGAAAGAGCAUGAAUCACAUUGUGGAGGCCAGCACCAGUCGCCCAUCAAUUUCGAAUCAGAUACAGCCAUCAUAGCCAAUUAUCCUGAAUUCAUUUUCCACAAAUACGACUUGAUUUUUCCCGGGAGAUUGGAGAAUAACGGUCACACUGUUGAGUUGAAGAUUGAAGAGCAAGGCAUGGGCGAGGAAUUACCUUUCAUUACCGGUGGAGGCCUCACAGAACGUUACAACUUUGUUCAGCUUCACUUUCAUUGGGGCCAACAUUUAUUUGGUAGUGAACACCGAAUUGAUGGAGCACAGUAUCCGGCCGAAUUGCACAUCGUUCAUUACAACUCUAAAUACGGAAGUUUUAACGGAGCUCUGUCUCAUGACGAUGGAUUAGCUGUCUUGGGGAUUCUGAUUGAGUUGCAAGCAAGAGACAACAUUGCAUUCCGCCAUCUCGAACAAUUUGAUAACAUCAUCGAUCCCAGCAUCGCAAACAGCGAUGCAUUGCGAUAUUCUGUCCCACUGUCGGAUCUUCUACCUGACCAGACGAACAGUUUCUUCCGAUACAACGGUUCGUUAACUAGUGGAAAAUGCAAUGAAGGCGUCAUUUGGACAAUUUUUGAUACUCCGAUUGCUAUUUCUGAACGACAGUUGGCAAAGUUCAGACUGUUACGCGACGAAAACGGAAAUGAAUUGAUAGAAAAUGUUCGUUUGACUCAGCUGCUGCACAAUAGAGUUGUUAUGUACUGUCCAUAUUCAAGUCCGUCAAAUCCUGUACUUCCAUUUUCAGAUGUAGAAUAUUCACCUGUAGAAUUUCCGUUUAAUUAAACUCUCUGCUGUUCUUGUGCGUACAGUGUGAACGUUUGUACACUUGAUUGUUUAACAGACCUUGUUUCUAAAUAAAAUGAAAAAAAUUAUAAUGACUUUAUCUCA